AUGAAUAUUUUUGGCUUGCUUCUUUUAAAUUUAUUGAUUAAUGUAAUAUUUAUACUUUGUAAUAUAAAAAGAAAAAAUAAAUUUUUAAAAAGGCAAUUAUGUUCAAAUGAAUUGAAACAUUUGAAAUACAAAAAUGAUAAUAUGAUAAGAAAAGGUAUACUUAAUUAUAAAUAUAAAUAUAAAUAUAGAUUUUUCUACAUAAUAAUAAAAAAAAAUUAUAGUAAUAAAAUUAAAAGAAAAAAUAAAAUAAAGCAAAUAGGAGUGAUGGAAAAUAUCAAUAAUAUUAAUGAUAAUAAUAAAUGGAGAUGUUUAAGUAGUAGCAAUCAUAUUUCAAGUAAUAUGAUGGGGAACACAUUUUACGAAAAUGUAUAUAUAAAUUACCUAAAAGAUUAUAUAAUAGAUGAAAAAGAAAAGGCUAUGGAAAAAAAUAUAGUUAAGGACGAGGAACAAAAAAAGGAUAAAAUAUAUUUUCCAAAUAGUAAUAAUAUGUUAAAUGCUAAAGAUAUAGAAAAUGUUAUACAUGAAAGAAUAAGAAAAGAAGAAGAAAAUUUAUUUGAGUUUUUAAAAAGUGUAAAUGAGAGAUACAAUUUAAAUUGUACAUUACGGGUUGUCGGUGGUUGGGUGAGAGACAAAUUCUUAAAUAUUAAUAAUGAUGAUAUAGAUAUAACAGUCGAUAAUAUGAAAGGUGCUGAAUUUUGUAAUUAUAUUAAAGAAUAUAUAAAAGAGAAAGAAAAUAAGAAUUUUAAUUUUGGUAUUAUUAAAAUAAAUUCAGAUCAAUCAAAACAUUUAGAAACAUCAAGCUUUAAUUUAUUUAAUUUUCAAGUAGAUAUUGUAAAUUUAAGAAAUGAAAAAUAUACAGAAGAAAGUCGAAUACCAGAAAUUGUUAUAGGAACACCAGAAGAAGAUGCUUUAAGAAGAGAUUUUACAGUAAAUUCCUUAUUUUAUAAUUUAAAAAAUAAAAAAGUUGAAGAUUAUACUGAAAAAGGUAUAUUCCAUUUAAAAAAUCAUAUUAUUAGUACUCCACUAGAACCACUUGCUACUUUUCUUGAUGAUCCUUUAAGAAUUGUUAGAUGUAUACGUUUUUGUGGAUUCUUUAAUUUCUUCUUAGAAAAAUCCAUUUUUAAUGUUUUAAAAAAUGAAGAUAUUAAAAAAGCAUUUACGAAAAAAAUAUCCAAAAGUAGAUUAUCAUCAGAAAUUGUAAAAAUUUUUUCAGCCAAAUGUAAAAAUGUUAUUCUAUCUUUAACAUUAUUGAAUUAUAGUUCCUACUCCUCUAAAAUAUUUCAGCUACCAUCAAAUUAUUUUGUAAAAGAUGAAGAACUAUUUGAAAAACUUAAAAAGAAGGAUAAAAUAAACAAAGGAAUUGUAACACCAGCACAACAUUAUCAUACUAAUGAUAGUGUUCAUGAUCAACAUGUGGAUAAUCUAAAUGAUUUAAAUUGUGUUUCUUCAAAUAACAAUAUAAAUAAUAAAAAAAUUCAUUUACAAAAUGUAGAAAAUAGCAACAUUUGUAAUAAUUCUAGUAAUAUCAUUUCAUCAAAUGAUCUAAUACAAAAUAAAGUGAAUAAUGUUUCUGAACAAUCUGAUAUAAAUAAGGAAGAUGAAAAUAAUCAAUGUAAUAAUGUAAUGAAUGUACAAAAUAAUGAUAAACAAAACUUUGAACAAAAAUGGCUUUUUGAUGGACUUAGUUAUUUAAAAUUUUUUAAAGAAAUAGAAAAAAAUAACCUUUUAAAAGAAACAUUUAAUAAUUUAGAUUAUAAAGAAAAUAUGAAUUAUAUACAAUUAUGUUUAUUUUUAUUACCAUUAAAAAAUCAUUUUUUAUAUAUAAAAAAUGGUAAAACAGAAUAUGUGGUUGAAUAUAUAAUUAGAGAAUCUUUAAAGUUUCCAUUAAAAUAUUCCAAAUUUUGUGUACACAUUUUUGAGGGUUUUACUCAUUUAUAUAAUUUAUAUAAAACCAUAGAUGUUCUUAAUUUUUUAAAAAAUAAAAAUUAUCAAGAAGAACAUAAUAUACAAAUUAAAGGUCAAACUGUUUUAUGUUUAAAAAAAAUUGGAGAUAAAUGGAAUUUUGUAUUUCUAAUCUUUUAUAUUUUUCAUAAAUUUAAUGAACUAAAUAAAAAUUAUAUAACAUCUAUAACAACUAAUAAUAUAUGCUUAUCUGAUUUUGUUGCUAAAUUGUAUCGAUAUAUUUUUAAAUUUAAUUUACAAGAGUCUUAUAACAUGAAGCCUUUUUUGAAAUGGCCUGAUAUUAAGCACAACUUUCCUAAUAUUUCACCCAACCAAAUAAAUGAAGUCUAUGAGCAAAUAAUUAAAUUUAUGGCUAUUCAUGGUGAAAAUGAAAAAGAGUGUAUUGAAUAUUUAAAACAACAUUUUACAAAAUGA